AAGAGCGGAGGCAGAGUGGUGCACAUGGCCGGGAUUAUUAUUAUCGGUUCGGUUUUGUUGGGGAUUUGUGCCGCUAUUGGUCCGCUGCGGAGGAACCAUCCUGCCAAUGAAGUAACGUUGCUGGAUUCCAGAACCGUGCAGGGAGAGCUGGCGUGGGUAGCGAGUCCGUCUGAAGGAGGGUGGGAGGAAGUGAGCAUCAUGGAUGAGAAGAACGUGCCCAUCAGGACGUACCAGGUGUGUAACGUCAUGGAGGCCAGUCAGAAUAACUGGCUGCGUACACACUGGAUCGAGCGCGGCCCCGCCCAGCGUAUCUACGUGGAGAUCAAGUUCACGCUUCGCGACUGUAACAGUCUGCCGGGGGUCACCGGCGCCUGUAAGGAGACCUUUAACCUCUACUAUCUGCAGUCGGACUCGGGCGGCGAACGCGGGGUCCCCGAGCGCCAUUUCGCCAAGAUCGACACGGUGGCCGCCGACGAGAGCUUCACCCAGGUGGACGUAGGCGACCGGGUCAUGAAACUCAACACGGAGGUGCGGGAAGUGGGCGCGCUCAACCGGCGGGGGUUCUACCUGGCCUUUCAGGACGUGGGGGCGUGCGUGGCCCUGGUGUCUGUGCGGGUGUUUUAUAAGAGGUGCCCGCUGGCCGUCAGGAACCUGGCGCGCUUCCCCGAUACGGUGGCGGGCGCGGAUGCGUCCGCGCUGGUGGAGGUGCGUGGCGCGUGCGUGGAGCACUCGGAGGAGCGCCAGGUACCCAAGAUGUACUGCGGCGCCGACGGAGAGUGGCUGGUGCCCAUCGGAACGUGUCUGUGCCAACCUGGCUAUGAGGAGCGGAAUGACCGGUGCCAAGUGUGUAAGAGCGGCUAUUACCGAACUUUGGCUACAGACGGACCCUGUGCUAAAUGCCCCCUUCACAGUUACUCUAUGAGGGAUGGAGCUACAGCGUGUGAGUGUGAUAAGGGUUACUACAGAGCGGAGAUCGACUCUCCGGCCACGCCCUGCACACGUCCGCCGUCAGCCCCGCAGCACCUGAUCUCCAGCGUGAACGAGACGUCGGUGUCGUUGGAGUGGAGCCCGCCGCACUCCACCGGGGGCCGGCGUGACCUCACCUACAGCGUGGAGUGCGAGAGGUGCGCGGGGACGCCCGUGCGGUGCGUGGCGUGCGACGCCGCCGUGCGCUUCUCGCCCCAGAGAGGGAGCCUGAACAGCACCAGGGUUUCUGUACACCAGCUGCAGGCUCACACCAACUACACCUUCCACAUCUGGGCCGUAAACGGAGUGUCCAGGGGCAACCCGAAACCCGAGCAAGCUGCGUCCAUUACCCUCACCACCAACCAGGCGGCCCCGUCCACCGUGAUGUCCGUGGAAAGCAAGGACGUCACUCGAGACACCCUCAGCCUGUUCUGGCAGGAACCCGACAAACCCAACGGAGUCAUACUGGAGUACGAGGUCAAGUAUUACGAAAAGGAGCAGAACGAGAGGAGCUAUCGGAUCGUGAAGACCACGUCUCGCAGCGUGAAUAUAAAGGACCUGACCCCGUUAACCUCCUACGUGUUUCAUGUGAGAGCUCGCACCGCCGCCGGAUACGGGGACUUCAGCGCGCCGCUCGAGGUCAUGACCAACUCGGCUCCGUCUCCUGUGAUCGGUGAAGGUAUGAACCCCACGGUUCUGCUGCUGUGUGCUGCCGGCAGUGUUGUUCUGCUCCUCGUCCUCGCCUGUGCCUUCAUCAUCAGUAAGAGGAGAGCCAGGUACAGCAAAGCCAAACAAGAUGAAGAGAAACGUCGUCCAGGAGUGAGGGUGUACGUGGACCCGUUCACCUAUGAGGACCCGAACCAGGCCAUCCGAGAGUUCGCCAAAGAAAUCGAUGCUUCCUGCAUCAAAAUUGAGAAAGUUAUUGGUGUUGGUGAAUUCGGGGAGGUGUGUUGUGGCCACUUGAAGUCCUCAGUGAAGCGCGAGGUGUGCGUGGCCAUUAAGACGUUAAAGGCCGGGUUUACCGAGCAGCAGCGGCGGGACUUUCUGAGCGAGGCGAGCAUCAUGGGUCAGUUCGAUCACCCGAAUAUCAUCCGACUGGAGGGCGUGGUCACCACCUGUAAACCCAUUAUGAUCAUCACUGAGUACAUGGAGAACGGCUCUCUGGAUCUGUUCCUCAGAAAGAACGAUGGCCGUUUUACAGUCAUUCAGCUGGUUGGCAUCAUGCGUGGCAUCGCUUCGGGCAUGAAGUACCUAUCAGACAUGAGCUACGUCCACCGAGAUCUGGCAGCACGGAACAUUCUGGUGAACAGUAACCUGGUGUGUAAGGUGUCCGAUUUCGGGAUGUCCCGGGUGCUGGAGGACGAGCCGGAGGGAGCUUACACCACCCGGGGAGGCAAGAUUCCGAUUCGCUGGACCGCCCCGGAAGCCAUAGCGUACCGUAAGUUCACCUCAGCCAGCGACGUCUGGAGCUAUGGCGUUGUCAUGUGGGAGGUGAUGUCGUACGGAGAACGGCCGUACUGGGACAUGAGUAACCAGGAUGUGAUAAAGGCGAUCGAGGAGGGGUACCGACUGCCGGCGCCGAUGGAGUGCCCCGCGGCGCUGCACCAGCUCAUGCUGGAGUGCUGGCAGAGAGAGCGCGGCGAGCGGCCCAAAUUCAGCCAGAUCGUCAACAUGCUGGAUAAACUGAUCCGGAACCCGAACUCACUCAAGAGGACCGGAGGAGAGACGAACAGGUCCCGUCCGUCCACGUUAAACCCCGUCCUGCCAGUAGAGCCGUCUCCUUCGGUCAGUUCGGCUGAGGAGUGGCUGAAUGUCAUCGGUCUGGAGAAAUACAAAGAAAGCUUCCUCAAAGCCGGACACACCGACCUGGAGAGUAUCGUCCAGCUGAAUCAAGACGAUUUGGCCAGAAUGGGGAUCACGUCCAGCGCACAUCAGAAGAAAAUCCUGAGCGGUGUGCAGGAAAUGCGAUCUGGAUUACAGCACAUAGAGGAGAGAAACGUUCCCGUCUGAUCCCCGACCGGCACGAACAGCAGUACAGAAAGGAGACGGAUUUAUGAUGUAACUGCGUUUGCACUUUAAUCACAUACGGACUGUUGGAGACUGUGGACUAGCAGACGUUUGAUGGACUUUUUAUGGUCUUCCUGACUGAAGAUUUGUAAUGAAUGAACUGUAAAAAAAAAAAAAAAAGCGUCUACGUUCUGCAAAAAUAU